GGGUGCCCUAACCGGAAGUACUUGUAAUUGUUUUGCAUUUCAGUCAGCUGACUUCCCAACACAUGACCACAAUAAUACAUAGUUUUACAUUGUUUUCGACUUUGUAUUACUUUAUAUCUUGUAAGGUUUGUGUAAUUGAGUAGCUACUUUCCUUUGAUAUGUUGCUACUUUGUUUUUAAUUUGAGUGUAGCGUUAUUUUGUGCAGAACCUUUAGCUAAUACGCAGUUAGCUUGUUAAAAUAGCUGCUGUGCUGGAAAGAAAGUUUGAUUUAUAGCUAAAACCAAUGGAAAAAAUCGUUAAAGAUGUGGGUGACAUCCAGUCCCGGUUGCUACACCACAGACCCAUCAUCAAUGCAGAGAUCCGCUAUUUCGUCAGAGAGUUCGAGGAGAAACGUGGAUACAGAGAGAACCGACUCCUGGAGAAUCUCAGUAAGAUGGUGACUGAAGCAAAUGAUCAACUAGUGGCAUUAGAUACAGACAGUGUGAACCAGGGUAUGAUCACUGACCUUAUCAGAAGAUUAGAAGCUGCUAAUCACAUGGCACAAAGAGUCCAGCAGAGGGAGAUAGAGGUCCAGCAGGGCACCCAGCUGCAGGCUAACAUCGAGCAUUUAAAGGACGACUGGUCGGACUUUCUGAAGGAGCAGCAGAGACUGAAGGAGGAGGUGGAUGAACAGCACGUCAAGGCUGUGGGCCAACUCAGCACGCACUACAGUGAAAUGAAGAUGAACUUAACUAGGUUUGCACCCAUGUGAUUAAGACCUCCUGAAUUGUCAUCGGUCCACAAACACUUGUUUUAUGUACUCGCAUUUUUAUGUAUGAGCAUCUGUUCUGCAUGUGCACAAUAAAUACCUUGGCUAUGACUGAUACACCGGGUUGAUGAGAGCACAUUCUCGCUGCACAUGUUGGAAUUUUACACAAGACGUGUGUGAGUAUCACAGGCUGUCUUACUCAGUCUGCUGUCUCUAUUAAGCUGAUGGAACUGGUAUGGCACAUAAAUUGGUUGAAGAUGUCUGUAGUAUGUCUUAUUUUAAACAAGCAGUCAAUGACAGGCGUGACAUUUUCAGCGUUUUAGGAUUUCAGUGCAUGCCUGCCUGAGGGGAGCAGAUGAUAAAUGUGCAUCAAACUCCCAGGGCUGAAAGAAACUGUAGUGCUGUGGAAAUGAACUCAAACAACACUUCAGAGCACAUCAUCCUUCAGCGGCUCUACUGUGUUUAGAACAUUUAACUGCUGACAUUAGCGUCAUGUCACUGUUUAUGAAGCUUGGAACGGCAGCAGCUGUUUUCUGUUUGCCUUGCCACCUCAGAACUGAACUUAAUGAGUCACGUAUCCAAUAAUUGAGUCAUUGGCCAAACUGGAAACGAACAGACAUAAAUCUUGUUCUGGUUUAAAUUUCAUACUUUCACUGAUUUUCAUGCUUCAUGUUUAGACUGUUGAAUGAAUGGCAAUCAAGAGUGGGCUUUCUGUGAUGUCACAUAUACAUAUUUAUAUUGAGGUUUAUUACCUAGACUCGGAUUCCUUUGAACUGUAUAAAUAAACUAAAAGUUCAAAAAUGUAA